AAAGCUUGAAAAGUCUCUCACAGCCACCCGCGCAGACACGGAGAACGUUCUCGAAUUUGGACUACGGAUAUUCAACUCUAUUUUCUUAAUCAAACAUUCACAAACACGCGAAAGCUUGUUUGCUUAUUUAUCUUUUUUCUCUUUUCCCAUUGAUAGGAAAAAGGAUUUUAAGCUCUACAGUCUACCCCAACCGUGAAAUUUGAACUACUCAAUAGUUGUUCCAAUGGCUUCGUCGGAGGCUCAAAUGGAGAAAAUGAAAAUCCGUCAAAAUUUUCGAAAUCACUGGCACACCGAUCUGCUCCGUGCUCCUCAGUCUGAUCCUCUUUUUUGCUGUUUCUCUCUUUGGUGCGGUCCUUGUGCGUCAUACAUCCUCCGAAAACGAGCUCUAUACAAUGAUAUGUCAAGGUAUACAUGUUGUGGAGGCUAUAUGCCUUGUAGUGGCAGAUGUGGAGAAAGUCAUUGCCCUGAGUUAUGUCUUUGCACAGAGGUGUUUCUUUGCUUUGCAAAUUCAGUUGCCUCAACACGGUUUAUGUUGCAAGAUGAGUUCAAUCUGCAGACGACAAAAUGCGAUAAUUGCAUAAUCGGGUUCAUGUUUUGCCUCCAGCAGGUAGCAUGUAUAUUUAGCUGCAUUGCUUGUAUUACAGGAAACGAUGAUCUUCAAGAGGCUUCUCGGGUUCUCAACUGUUGCUCGGACAUGGUUUACUGCACGGUUUGUAGCUGUAUGCAGACACAGCACAAGGUAGAAAUGAAUAAAAGAGAUGGUAAGUUUGGGCCAAGGCCAAUGGCAGCACCAGCUGUUCAACAAAUGUCUCGUUUGGAUCAGCCUUUUCCUCCAACCAUUGGAUAUGCACAGCCACAGCCACAAGCUUAUCCACCAAAGCAGCUACCCCAUGGGUACCCACCACCCCAGCACCCACCUAUGUACCCACCACCACACCAGCAACCCUAUGGAUACCCACCACCACCAGGUGUUGGAUACCCUCCAACUGGUUAUCCACGGUGAAGGUAGUCCGGUGCACUAAGCUCUUACUGAGCGUGUGGUUCAGGGAAUGAUCAGACCAUAUUGGAUCUGAUAUAAGCAGCCUUACUUUCUAUGUCUACAAGAGACUAUUUCCGAUUCGUAGAACAAGUCGAAAUAAGUAUAUAUUCUAUGUGAUGGUUUAGAAUUUUUAGACAAAAUGAUCAUAUAUUUCAAACAUCAGUUAGCAAAUUCAUUGAUCUUUGUAGUAUAAGUCGGCCAUAGAAAAUUAAGGUUUGUGGACUCUCAAUUGAUGUUUCUAAGUAAGGAAAUAAAAUUUGUCAAAGUA